AUGUUACUCUCCAAAGAUAUCACAUUACCAUGUGGUAUGAGUUUACCAAAUCGUCUUUGCAAGGGUGCAAUGGCUGAAGACAUGUCGACUACUCACGUGCCUGAUGAGUCCUUUUUGAAGGCAUACGGUACUUGGGCGGAUGGUGGUUGGGGAAUGAUAUUGACAGGAAACGUCCAAGUAUCAUCCAAAUACCUAGGAAACAACAAAGACGUAGCCAGCAGCCCCCAGCCUACAGAAUCUACUAAAGCUGUCUGGAAAUCCUGGGCAGCAACCUGUCAACGUUCCGGAACACCCACCGUAGUGCAAAUAUGUCACCCUGGCCGACAAUCUCCUCCUAUGGCCGGAAAACGCGGCUUUUUUGACAAAACCGUCGCUCCCUCCGCCGUACCUUUAAAUUUCGGAAACAGUCUCAUCGAGCGAGCCGUUGUUGCACUCAUGUUCGGCACACCACGUGAAUUAACCACGGACGAGAUUUCUGGGCCCGGUGGCAUCAUCGAUGAAUUUGUGACGGCCGCAAAACAAUCUUUCGAGGCAGGCUUUAAAGGCAUUCAGGUACAUGGCGCUCAUGGCUAUCUACUAGCACAAUUCCUCUCUCCCGAAUCCAACCACCGGAGUGACGAGUUUGGCGGCACCGCCAGAAAGAGAGCUGAAAUCGUCGUACGCAUUAUCAACGCCGUUAGAAAGCAAACCAGCAAGGAAUUCUGCAUCGGGAUCAAGAUGAAUAGCGUAGACGCCGCCUCCAACGAUUCGCUCGCGGACAGCAUGGAGCAAAUCAGAUGCAUAGUGGAAGCCGGUAUCGAUUUCAUCGAGAUCUCCGGAGGCACCUAUGAGAAUCCUCGGAUGCUAGGGGAAAGCUCGCCAGACGCUAAAGCCUCCACAUCCACAUCCACAUCUUCCCGAGAAAGUUUCUUUCUCGAAUUCGCCAAAAACGUGCGCGAACAGUUUCCCUCCGUGAUCCUCAUGGUGACAGGAGGCUUCCGCACGAGAAUCGGUAUGGAAGAGGCGUUGCAGUCGGGCGGUUGUAAUUUGAUUGGGAUCGCUAGACCGGCCGCUGUCAUCCCAAAAUUGCCAAAGGAAAUUAUUCUUAAUAAAGAUAUACCGGAUGAGGAAGCAACAAUCGCUCUUGCUCCUCUUUCGGUACCUUUCUUGGUUCGCCAUGCACCUGUAAAGCAAGUUGGCGCUGGGUUUCAAAGCAUGUAUUAUUCAUCACAGAUCCAACGGUUGGGGAAAGGCUUGUUGCCUAUUGAUAGUAGAGCAUAG